CGGCCCGCCCCGCCCCUCACCGAGGACCUGGCGUCGGUGUCGGUCCCCGACCCUCCCGUCCUCCUCAGAGGGCCCCCGCAGCCCCACGCCGGUCUCCGGAUCCCGGGGCCCCUGCUCCGCGGUCCUCGGCCCCCAGCCACCCCACCGGACCCGUGACGGGACCCCCAACGCCGCCGGCCGCGCCCGCCGCGCUCCGGCCAGGAAUCUCCGACUUCCGCCGUGGGGCCGGGCUGGUGUUCACGUCGUCAUGCCCUCGCUCGGGGACCUGGUGCGCGACUGGCACCGGGGCGCGCAGGCCGUGGCGCGUGGGGACUGGGGCUACGCCCUGCGCCUCUUCUCGAGCGUCCCGGAGCCGCCCGCCAGGAUGAGCUUCAACGUGGGCUGCGUGCACCUGCUAGCCGGGGACCCGGAAGCCGCGCUGCGGGCAUUUGACCAGGCAGUGACCAAGGAUGCCUGCAUGGCUGUCGGCUUCUUCCAGCGAGGAGUGGCCAACUUCCAGCUGGGGAGGUUCCGGGAGGCCCUGUCCGACUUCCAGCGGACCCUGGCACAGCUGAGGGGCAACGCCGCCAUCGACUACACCCAGCUGGGCCUGCGGUUCAAGCUGCAGGCCUGGGAGGUGCUCUUCAGCGUGGCUGCAGUGCAGAGCCAGCUGGGGCUCUGGGCGGAGGCCACCCACAGCCUAGAGGAAGCCAUCUCCAAGGGGCCGGAAGGGGCCCGCGAUGACCUGGACAUCGCCCUGGGCCAAGUGCAGAAACAGGCCCCCCUGCAGCCUCGGCAGGUCCCCAGGGGUGAGGUCUUCCGGCCGCACAGGCGGCACCUGGAGCACCUGGAGCCCAUGGAUUUCUUGGGCAAGGCCAAGGUGGUGGCCUCCGCCAUCCCUGACGGCCCGCACGAGGAUGCCCGGCCUCAGCAGCCACAGCUCAGGGCUCUCCUAGGCCCACCUUUCAUGGAGGACCUCGACCUCUGUGCUGGCUGGGUGAGGCCUGAGAACGAGGACCCCUCCCCCUUCCCUCCAGGGCCCGUGACACAGGCCCCCCCAGACCUGGUACCCACUGUGGCCCCAGGACGCCCCUUGAUGCGGAGACGGAGGUCAGCUCUGGCCAGGCUGGACGGGCUGACCAUGGCACACUGGUCACCAAUGAUGAGCAGGCUGUCUUGCAGGCCAUGCCCCUCACCACUGGCUCUGCUUGGACAGUGUCUGGGCACCGCCCCCGACGAGCUCCAGGCCCAGGGAAAGCUACCUCCACCCUCAGGGCCCCACCCCGGCCUCAACCCCACCCCGGCCCGGCAGAGCCCCAGCCUGCGGCUUCCCUUGCAGAAGCCUCACGUGGAGCAAGUUGGCCAGUGGGUCCCUCCAGGGCUGCUGGUGGCUGGGGGGCUGGGCCCUGGCUCCUCUGAGGAUCCUGCAGGCGCUGGGGGUGUGGCUGCAGGGGGCCCCGAGUCCUUGGUGACCUUCACAGUGCAGUGCACCUUCACCCUGGCCCUGAGGGCCCCGAGAGGAGCUGACCUGUCCAGCCUGCGGGCCCUGAUGAGCCAGGCCCUCCCUCCCCAGGCCCAGAGUGGGCAGCUCAGGCAUCUCUUUGCAGUUACCGAGACCCUAGUGACAGCAGGGGCUGGGUGCCCCUCACCGGGGAGGAGGCACUGCAGAGGGCCUGGCGGGGCGCGGCUGCCGGCUCUGGGGAGCUGCGGCUACGGUGCCAGGGAGUGGGCGGCCGGCCUGUCCUCUACCAGGUGGUGGCCCGGCACGGCUACUCCGCCCAGGGGCCUGAGGACCUGGCCCUGCAGCCCGGAGACACGGUGGACGUCUUGUGCGAAGUGGACCAGGCGUGGCUGGAGGGCCACUGUGACGGCCGCGUCGGGAUUUUCCCCAAGUGCUUCGUGGUCCCGGCCGGCCGGCGCACAUGAGGAGCUUGGCGCUAAGGAGUCCGUGGCAAGGAGGGUUUAAUAAAGGUGAUCUGCCCCCCAA